GCUGAGAGUUUGUGGGCUCUGUAGCAUGUGCCUGUUUGGUUGGUGCUGCUUGCCUGAUAAAGCACAACAAAGCUUCCAGAGAGACAGGAAGGAUGGACGGCGCAGCUGCCCCUAUCACGAAAUCUGCAGCUGCCAAGUUAGUUAAGAGAAAUUUCCUUGAGGCUCUAAAGUCAAAUGACUUCGGAAAAUUGAAGGCCAUUUUAAUCCAAAGACAGAUAGAUGUGGACACAGUUUUUGAAGUUGAAGAUGAGAAUAUGGUUUUGGCAUCUUAUAAACAAGGUUAUUGGUUGCCUAGUUACAAAUUAAAGUCUUCCUGGGCCACAGGCCUGCAUCUCUCUGUCUUGUUUGGUCACGUGGAAUGUCUUCUGGUGCUCCUGGACCACAAUGCCACGAUCAACUGUAGACCCAAUGGGAAAACCCCUCUUCACGUGGCUUGUGAAAUGGCCAACUUGGAUUGUGUUAAGAUCCUCUGUGAUCGUGGAGCAAAGCUCAAUUGCUACUCCUUAAGUGGACACACAGCUUUACACUUCUGUACAACUCCAAACUCCAUCCUCUGUGCCAAGCAGCUGGUUUGGAGAGGGGCGAACGUGAACAUGAAGACCAACAACCAGGAUGAGGAGACGCCCUUGCACACGGCUGCCCACUUUGGCCUCCCCGAGCUGGUAGCCUUCUACGUGGAGCACGGGGCCAUCGUGGACAGUGUGAACGCCCACAUGGAGACCCCUCUGGCCAUCGCAACCUACUGGGCCCUCCGCUUCAAAGAGCAGGAGUACAGCCGGGAUCAUCACCUCAUCUGCCGCAUGCUGCUGGACUACAAGGCGGAGGUCAACGCCCGGGAUGACGACUUUAAAUCUCCGCUCCACAAGGCAGCCUGGAACUGCGACCACGUGCUCAUGGACAUGAUGCUGGAGGCCGGCGCGGAAGCCAAUCUCAUGGACAUCAACGGCUGCGCUGCCAUCCAGUAUGUGCUGAAAGUCACCUCCGUGCGACCCGCCGCCCGGCCUGAGAUCUGCUACCAGCUGCUGCUGAACCAUGGGGCUGCUCGGAUAUACCCGCCACAGUUCCAUAAGGUGAUACAGGCCUGCCAUUCAUAUCCCAAAGCAAUUGAAGUUGUUGUGAACGCCUAUGAACACAUCAAGUGGAACGUGAAGUGGAAAAGAGCCAUCCCUGAUGAUGACUUGGAGAGACACUGGGAUUUUUACCACUCUCUCUUCACCGUGUGCAGUAACUCUCCAAGGACUCUCAUGCAUUUAUCAAGAUGCGCCAUUCGAAGAACGUUACACAGCAGAUGUCACAGAGUAAUUCCUUUGCUUUCCCUCCCAUUGUCAUUGAAAAAGUACUUGCUUUUAGAGCCGGAGGGAAUCAUUUAUUAAGCCUUAUGAGGCAGAAGUUCCCAAUCCUAGAUCUUUAAGUGGACUCGCUGGGUAGACACAGUUUGCAUAAAUAAAAUGGUACUUGGGUUGAUUAUAACACCUCAGGGAUGUCAAAACACUUUGCAAACACUGUGUCAUUAAUCCUAGGGUAUCAUGGUGAGGGGAAAUAAACAAGAGGUAAAGUGAAGGUAUUCUCAAAAAUAAGAGCAGAUUCAGAAGGUACUGAUGUAACAAUAAUAAUGUGUACAGUGCACUUACUUGGUACCUGCUAUAAUGUUGUAAAAAUUUUCGUAUUAUCUCAUUUGAGAGGGGACCCAGGUUUUCUUACAACCAAUCUCAUUUUCUCUCCCUUAUCAGUAAUAAGUUUACAUCACCCUUCAGUUGCCAACAAGCAAGGCUCUGUGAUAGGCCUCUUAAUCUUUGUGUCCUCCACCCUCUCCCACUUAGUAGAAAUUACUGUUGCUAGUUUUGCCAAUCCCUUUCCCCAUACCGAGCUCCUCAACUUACUUUCAGUGAAGAAAGCGUGAGCAGAGUCAAAACAAGGGGAUCUUAGAAGCAAAUUAGAAGUGAAAAACAAAGACGUAUCCACUUGAAAGUCAAAAUAUUCAUGUUAAUGCACUGUCACUGAGCCAAAGACCGGAGAUGCAAAGGUGAAUCCGAAGCAAGGACUCCAGCCUUCCAGGACGUCGUCAUUUAGCAGAGGAUCCAGACAUUUCAGCUGGGAGCUGCAGUGGCAGGUGUUGGGGGCAGGAGCGCAGAUGCAGGUUCAUUCUCGGUGCUCGCCUUUCAAAGUCAUGCUUCUGAUAUGAAGUGUGGUUUUCUUUGAAGCCUGACGAUAAAGAGUGAAGGGAUAGUGUGAAGCAGAGGGGAUCUCUGGCUGCUGUGAGUGUGCAUGGAAAAGGACUCACUUUCAGUUUCCUGGCACGUCUAGAUAUUUCUAUUUUCGUAUCAUUUGCUGCCUUGUACUGUCCCAGGUUCCUUGGGGAAAAUAUUGCAUACUCGAUGGCUCCCGUGUAUGUGACAAAGAAGUUUUAGAAAAUGUGUGUGAGGAAAUGUAUGGAAGGACUUAGUUUCGUUACUUCAGUCUUUUCAUGUAAGAGACUGACAUUUCAGAGCAUUUUAGCUAGAAGAUGAGAAUUUUUCUGGUGAUGGCUGGGUGCAGAAAGCACAUAGAAACACUUUGAAAAUAGUAGGAGCUUGAGAAACUUGGAAAGGCUAGUGUGUCAAUCAGGUUUGUUAACGGUUUGCACAAAGAGAAAUGUAGAUGGUUAGCCUUUGGACUUCAUGGUUUAUGAGGCCACUUUUCACUGCACGUAUUUGUUCUUGCUAGUCACUUUUAGAUAUGCUCAGAGGCUUUCAGCAUUACGUUUUAGAGCUUAGAUCAGAAGUAAUUAAGCACAAAUAAACCUAUUUGCCAGUUGUGAGCAGGGUUUUUUUUCCCAGGGCUGGGGCAUAUGUACAUGUGUAUGUUUCUCCAUCUUGUUGAAGGUUACAGGCUUGAGUUUUGAGUAGAGAUGAAGUCAAAUAUUCCACUAGCCUGCCACCUAGACGGUGCUUCACAUCUUGGGAUUUGCAUCCUCCUGGUGCUGUGUAGGAAAAAUAAUGUAGAUGCAAUAAUCUUUCUAAAGUAUCAGUUCUACUCAGAUAUUUUGGGAGGAAUAUUUUGUACGAAAAUGAGAUCUGUAUUAUGGAAUAGCAUACUGUAUAUGUGUGAACUAGUCAUAUAAAACAUGAUCCUUGAAAAGAACAAACAGUUCACAUGCAGCAAGUGGUGUAGAACACAGUCUAGAAUGCCAGGUGGAGCUGUUGCCCACCCCCCACCCAGUUUCAGGAGUAUUCUGGAGAAAUAUUUGUGAUGCUGACUUAAGCGGUAAUGCUGAGGCUGAGGACGAAAGGAGAGAGGAUGUUCCCUGCCUGGGGAAAUAACGUUUCUCCAGCUGCCUGCUGUGCUUAGACGGUCUGUGUUAAUCUGGUGUAUGAUACAGAACAACUUGUUUUGGAUGGUUUAUUUGUAGAUUUAAAAUUGUUUCUCCUCACCUUUGAACCUUCAUUUAGAGGACUUAAAUAAAGCUCUUCCCUUUCCUUUCAUCUUUAUGAGUUAUCUGUUGAUAAGACUUUUUCUUAUCGGACUCCUCUGCAGUUAGACUAAAGAACUCUACAUGAUUCAUUGCUUUCUUCCACACUGAGAAAAAAGAGAGAAUGAGAAGAUAUACCUGUAAAUAAAUAAUAUUUUCAAAAGAAAGUAAAGGGUAAACAAAUAAAAAACGGGUGAUUGCUUUGAGAACAAAAAAAAGUGUUUUAACGAUAAUAAAGAAAUUGUGCUGAAGCGUAGUCCUCUGUCACCCUCUGUCCUCUUGGGUUUCUGAUUUCUUUUCAUUCUCAUCAUUCAAGCAACCAUGAGCAGGAGCAACAAAGGAAAUUAUAUCCUCAUGAUAUAAUUGAAAAAGAAUCUUUCACAUGAAAGAGAGUCUUUGAGAUGAGGGAAAAACCACCCUUUCUGUUUUCUCCCUUCUUAGGAGCCAGACACACAGGUUCUGUUUUUAACUUACCUGGUGUUACACCGUCACUGUCUUCCAUCCCGAACCCAGUGGUUUCCAAUAAAAAAUACGGCAGUCAAAAGCCGACUCUAAGGAUGAAAAAAGUAACAAACCGUUUGCAGUGGCUUAUCAAUACUGGAAAAAAAAAACAGCUGAGCCUUAUAUUUUUGUUACUCAGCUGAUUGAUUGUUUUCAACUACACACUUUCAAAACUUUUUAGAAAAAUCCAAUGAUCUAUUUUUUUUGAAACGUAGACACCAGAUCUAAUAGAUGGAAGGAAUUCAUUGUCAUUUUCUUUGGGGUAUGAACAGAGGCACUACAGUGAAGUGUUAGAAGUUUUGGCUCUGGUGCCUUCUAAGUUUUCAUUCUGACUCUCAGCCUAAUUUGACCUGUUAUCUGGGGGAAAUGACAUGCUUGCUCCAUGCCUUAGUUUCCUCAUUUCUAAAGAUGCAAAUGGUAGUGGCGCCUACCUCAUAAAACUUUUAUAUGAUCACUUUGAAGUGCAGGGAAGGAAAAGUUUUACUUGACCCUCUUAGGGUCCCUGACUGGGUCUUGAAAAUUAAACUGACAAAGACAGAUUAACAGGAGGAAAGCGCAUACAUUUAAUAUGUUGUACAUGACAUGGAAGCCUUUAUAAGGAAAUGAAGACCCUGAAGAAACAGCCUUGAGGGUUUUCAUGCUAGGUUUGAUGGUAAGUGGGUAGUUGUGUAGAAAUAUGAUAGAUUAAGGACUAUGAGGUCAGUGUGGUAAACUAGGGGAAGCCUGGGAAUCCUAACUAUUCAUUAGGAUUCUUCUGUUUUAAUUAAUUUUUGCUUUACUAUGUUGUGUUAGUUUCUACUGUACAGCAAAGUGAAUCAGCCGUACAUAUACACAUGUCCCCUUCUUUUUGGACUUGCUCACCAUUCAGGUUGCUACAGUGCAUUAAGUAGAGCUCUCUGAGCUAUACAACAGGUUCUCCUUAGUUACCUAUUUUAUACAUAGCAUCAAUAGUAUGUAUGUGUCGAUUGCUAUCUCCCAAUUUCUCCCACCACCGCUUUUCCCCCUUGGUAUCCAUGUAUUUGUUCUCUAUGUCUGUGUCUCUCUUUUUGCUUUACAAAUAAGAUCAUCUGUUCCAUUUUUCUAUGUACAUUAAUGUACGAUAUCUGGUUUUGUCUUUCUGACUUACUUCCCUCUGUAUGACAGUCUCUAGGUCCAUCCAUGUCUCUGCAAACGACCCAGUUUCAUUCCCCUUUUAUGGCUGAGCAGUAUUGCAUCAUUACGAGUCUUCUUGAUGACCCUUUGUCUUAGAAGAUAAGGGUGCUCCUUUCCUCCAGAUUUAGGGAGAACACCUCCUGAAGGAGGGUUUUAUGACCUAUUUCAGGGAAGAAGGGGCAGGGAUGGUCAGCAUGAUCUGCCUGUUUUUGCCGUUUCCUUGAACUCCUUCAGUCUAAAACAGUCACUAUGCCAAGGUGCCACAUAUGGGAAUGGCGUGUCUAACCCAUCAGAGGGUUAAAUCUUUAGUCCAUUAAAGAACACAGAGCAGGGUAUGGCAUUCAGUAAGGACUUUAAUAUUAUUGUUGUCCUUGUUAGUGUCAUAUUCAUUAUCAUUUAGGGAGAGCUACCUACCACUGAGUAACACUUAAAUCGAGUGAAGCUGCAGCUGAAGGUGACAUGUGCUAGAUUUCUGUUCACUUCUGGAACUGCUUGUUGAGCUUCUUCUAUGUACCAGGCACUUUGCUGGCAGCUGGGAAUCAACAGACGAGCAGACAAACCAGGUCCCUGACCUUCUUGGGGUUUUUUGAGUUGGGGGCCAGAGAUGGAAAUGACACUGAUGUGGAGGAUUAGCAAACAGGCAAACUGAUUAAUUUGUGAAAUUUUGCCCUUUUUUAAAGUGAGUUUAUCAAGGAUGCAAUGACUCCUUUUGCCAUUUCCUGAAGGCUGCGGAAUCACUUUAUCAUGUGGAUAAAGAGUGUCAAGCAGCUGUUUCCAUCUUCACUGAGGGAAGAGGAGGAAGUUAUCUUGCUAACAGGAGGAGUAUAGAUUGGCAAUUCAGAUUCCCAACAGUGAGGGUUACUGCACAUCAGAGUGAAUGCACAGGAAGGGUUGGAGGAUUUAAUUUAAUUAUUCUUUAACUUUCAAGGGUUUAUUCAGUACUAAUACAUGUAUGGUUCUGUGCAAAAUAUGGACAGAAGAAGGGAGUGUUGAUACCAAAUUCCUGCAAGGUUCACUUUCAGUAGCUCAAGGUUUUGUGUGUUUUUUUGGUCUAUUUGUUUGUGUUUUUACUGAGUGGUAAGAAUAAAAGGUAUACAGUGGGUUUUUUAAAGUUAGAUGCUAUCUAACGGAGCUGUUUUUCUGUCAACCUGCCAUAAAAUGGUUGAUUAGAAAUGAUUUUCAAAACCUGUAUUUCAGUGGCAAAUUGCCUUCCUCCUAUAUUUGGGCUUCCCUGGUGGCUCAGAGGGUAAAGCAUCUGCCCCCAAUGCGGGAAACCCGGGUUCGAUUCCUGGGUCGGGAAGAUCCCCUGGAGAAGGACAUGGCAACCCCACUCCAGUAUUCCUACCUGGAGAAUCCCAUGGGGUCACAGAGAGUCAGACACGACUGAGAGACUUUACUUUAUGUUUGGUUACACUUGUCACCAAUGAGAAGCAUUGUGUGAAAUAUGAAGAAACAACCUCCAAGAAGCAGUUGAUUCUUUUCUCUUUUUUUUCUUUUUCUUUCUUUCUUUUUUAAUUUUAGCGACACUGAGUUGAUUAGGUGUGCUGAAAUUUCUUAUUUAGUAAUAGGUUUUCUCAGAUAGAGGUAUGCCUCAAUGAUAUUGUAUAACAACUAUGCAAAUAUAUGCUAAUCCAGCCAAGGAAAUAAAAUAAUGAUGCUACCUUGUACUUCUUAAAUUAAAGACACCAGUGGAUUCGCUCUUAGCGUUUAAUCAAGCGUGGAAGAUUUGACAAAGCAGAACUGUCCUUAUGUGGUGUUUUGGGUGGCUUUGAAGUAGAAGUUAGGAGCAGAGGUCUUCUCAAGCUCCCAGUGCCCAUCAUUGCCCAGAGUCACAAGGGAAGAUAUUUACUCACGGCCCCAUAUCAGAUUUCAGGGAACCUGAAAGUCUCUGAUGGAGAAGAGGUGGAAAUUAAUGGAGAUUAUAGUCAAUUUAAUUUAGGAAGCAAGACAAAUAAACUCAGCUGCCUUUCAGAACACAAAUUCUCUCUUUCCCCUGUUCAGGGUCCGGCAGGAUGACUUUAAUGGGCUGCAUCAGCCAGUCUCCUUCCCCCUGUCUUCUUGGUGGUUUCACUCAAUGGGAAAACCAUCAGGAGGCUGACAAGCAGGAGGAGAUGGAGAUGGGGACACUUCCUGGCUCCUUCCCUGCUGGGCCUUCUCUUGAUGGUGGAUGAAUUCCUUCCUCAAGGCCACAGUUCAUGUGAUGAGCCCUUCUCCUAAGCUACUAUUGUCCUGGAUGAAAUUCUCUUCAGUCACCCUUGAGUGUGCAGUUCAUUUCUUGUUGGGAUUUUGGCAAAUGCAUAAACCACGCAUAAGACCGUGAUAAGUCAGUGAGGUCUCGGGGGUGGUCCAGACAGUAGGUGCUGUCGGUGUUGGGGGAAGAGAGGGGUCACUGGGGACCAGUGGUCAGGCCAGUGGUCUUGAGCUGUGACCUGAAGAAAGGGAGGGUUGGGUAAUAAUUUGAGUAAAAAUAGGGCAGUGGAAGGGGUGGAGCUUAAGGUGAGUAGCCUCGGUGAAGCCAUAGAACUGUAACAUACAGUGAGCAUUUACUAUCAAUUAGACAAGCUUGGUGCAAGUAAAAGAUGAACAUUUGUUGUAGAGAGUGGAGAGUGAGGUUGGCAGGGCUGGGUGGGAUCAAGUCAGGAGAUAUCUUUAACCAUGUGGAAGCACCGUGGGAAAUCAAUGGAAUAUGAUUAUUAUCAUAAUUAUUCUUUUCCACCCCUAUAGCUUUAACAGUAAUAAUAAUUAUGAUACAACUACGUAACAUAUAUUUUAUGAUUUUCAGAGCAUCUUCAUGAUGUUUAAUAAAUAUAACUGCCUUUACCAUUACCUUCAACUCUUCUUCCAUGACAAAAAAAUUUACAAUUCUGAAGAUUUAGCUGUGAAGAAAAAUAGCAAGCAUGAGAUUAAUAAACUCUUUUCUUCCCAUGUAAAACACUCCAAUCAAAUGGAAUACUUUACUGGAGCAGAAAGGAAUGAUAGCCUUGCAUUUUUUUAAAUAUCAAAAAGCUAAAGAAUUUUUUAAAUUGGGAAAUGUUUUUAAAAAAGGGAAACCUUUCUUCCAGUGCAAAAGAGGAUAAAGGGAGCAGACACAAAAUUGGGAGUUUGAGCACUGUUUAUAAUUCUUGCCACAGCAGUGUUCAACUGGUAAAUUGUUUACAGAAGCACUGGCAUAAUUACAGCCCUUCAGGAACCCCAGAACUCCCAGUACUGCUGAAGUCAAAGGAACAAUGAAAGGCUUCUUCAUAAGGUGAUCCAUCAGGGAGCGCUCAGGUAGCACUGACUUGUUUCUAAGUAACUUUGACUGAUUCUACGAUAAAGAUACAUACAAAGAAACUGCAAAGCUUUGUUCCCAUGCAUUAGCAAAACAGGGUGACAUGGGAGGAAAAAUCUGAAUUUUGGAAUCCAGUAGUUGAGUUUUAAUCUUGACUGUGCUACUUAAUAUCUGUGUGAACUUGGGCUAGUUUCUUAACCCAUGGGUCAAUUUCUUUAUUUGAUUAACUAGUGAUUAACUAUCUGAUUUGGGAACUGAAUGAAAUGAUACAUGUAAAGCAUCUUAAGUGUCUGGUGUUCAGUUGAACCCUAAUUAAUGUUCAGAUGGUGCAUGAGUCUACUUAGUGGGAGGCAUUAUCUAGAAUAUACCUGAGAACAUGUAGAGCUUCUAAGACAUGCGUGGCAUGGACCAUGGGCUUUUUUUUUUUUAUUGCAUUUUAACUGCAACAAUUUUUUUCUUGUGGUACCAAGUCUCUGAAGCAAACUGUUCCAAUCCGACUUCAUUAUUGGUUCUCUGCUCUUGGCAGUUUGACCUGAAAGAGGCAGUGUAGGAGAGUGUUCUCCCUACUGUGAAUCAGAGCUUUGGAACUACCAUCAGGUCUCAAUUCUAAAAAUAAACUCAAGAUGACUUGAAGACUUACAGAUGAGGUAUGACAUAAAAAUCCUAGAAGAGAACAUUAGGCAAAACAUUAUUUGACAUAAAUUGUAGCAAUGUUUUCCUAGAUCAGUCUCACAAAGUGAAAGAAAUACAAGCAAAAAUAAACAAAGGGGACCUAAUCAAACUUAUUAGCUUUUGCACAGGAAAGGAAACCAUAAAUAAAACAAAAAGACAACCUAUG